UUCGCUGCGAAGAGAAAGCUCACAAAUUCUAAAGAGACGGAAAAGAGUCGUCGGAUUUGAACUGAAAAAUCAACCAACGGAAGGUUAAGAAGAGAUUCUUGGGUUGAAGUUGAAGUUGAAGAAGAGACUGUAGAAAGUCAAAAGAAGAAGCCUCUCAGAAAAAGGCUUGAUUUUUCUAGUGAGCCAGAAGAGGAUUUAAGCCAACAGAGAUUUCAUUUCAGGUCAAUUUUUCUCAUCACCAAGGCUAAGAAAGUCCGAGACCAUUCCAAUCAAAGUUGUUGAACAAAGAAACAAAACUUAUACUUUCAUCUUUCCUGGUUUGGCAAAAUUAUCAGUGGAAUUUUCUCCAUCAACAACAAACAGCUGAUGUCAAAAUUAUAGCAUGGACUCGCACCAGCUAUUUGGAAUUGGCGUUUCUAGUGCAGCUCUUUCCUCGUACACAUCUUCCUCCUUACCAAACAAGCUCCUCGGAUCACUCAAAUUCGAGUUCGGAAACUCGCCGUCCUCACCCUUUUCGUCACAGUUCGACUCCGAUUCCCUCACCACGCUAAGUGAUAGUCAGGAGCAGUACAGUUCCACUGAGAAUCUGUCCGGGAUUAGUCCUCCUUGCAGCUCGCCGCUCGAAACGGGGAGCUAUUUCCCUCGGUUGAGCCCUUCCGCCGACGGUUUCUGCGACAUUCAGCUUUAUUCCGGUAGGAAUUCUCCCUCGCAACAGGAUGUGAGUUGUGCUCGGAACUUCAAAAACGCUUUGCUUGAGUUAGAAACCGCUUUGAUGAGCCCCGACGAGGAGGAGGUAACCCGGUCGAAGACCUUGUUCGGAGAUCAGCAAGGUUCGGUUCAGAGAUCAAUGUCGUGGAGGGAGGAUAGCCGCCAAGGGCCGAGUCUAAUUCAGCGGCAGACUUCUCUCGUCAUUAGGCCUUGGCAGUCUAUUGAGGUUUCCCAAACCGAGAAGAGACACAAGGCGAUUGAAGAUGAGGUUUUUCUGAAGCAGAAUGACAUUCCUCCUGGUAAUCUGAAGCAACUCCUGAUCGCCUGUGCGCGAGCACUCACCGAGAACAACAAUGAGAUGUUUGAGAAACUUAUCGAGAAGGCCCGCGGUGUUGUGUCCAUCUCCGGUGAACCGAUCCAGCGCCUUGGAGCCUACAUGGUGGAAGGAAUGGUGGCGAGAAAGGAGGCCUCAGGAACCAACAUUUACAGAGCGCUGAAAUGCAGAGAACCUGAAAGCAAGGACUUGCUUUCUUAUAUGCAAAUCUUAUAUGAAAUCUGUCCUUAUUUGAAGUUUGGUUAUAUGGCAGCCAAUGGAGCCAUUGCUGAAGCUUGCAGAAACGAAGACAGAAUUCACAUAAUUGACUUCCAGAUUGCUCAAGGAACCCAAUGGUUGACCCUGCUACAAGCUCUGGCUGCUAGGCCUAAUGGACCUCCUCAUGUUCGAAUUACUGGCAUCGAUGAUCCUGUCAAUCAAUAUGCCCGUGGCGACGGAUUAGAGGCCGUGGGGAGAAGAUUAGCAGCGGUAUCCCGCAACUUCAACAUCCCUGUGGAGUUCCACGCCGUGCCGGUCUUUGCCUCCGACGUGACAAGGGAAAUGCUCGGCAUACGCCCUGGGGAGGCCCUCGCAGUGAACUUCCCCCUCCAGCUCCACCACACGCCCGACGAGAGCGUCGAUUUGGAGAAUCCCCGCGAUGGGCUACUCCGGAUGGUGAAGUCAUUGUCCCCGAGGGUAGUGACACUUGUCGAGCAGGAAUCAAACACGAACACGACGCCAUUCUAUCACCGGUUUGUGGAGACCCUGGAUUACUACCUGGCGAUGUUCGAGUCCAUCGACGUGACACUGCUGAGGAACUCGAAGCAGCGGAUCAAUGUCGAGCAGCAUUGCCUGGCGAGGGACAUCGUGAACGUGAUUGCCUGUGAGGGGAAGGAGAGAGUGGAGAGGCACGAGCUUUUCGGGAAGUGGAAAUCGAGGCUGACAAUGGCGGGUUUUCGGCAGUACCCUUUGAGCUCUUAUGUCAACUCUGUUAUAAGGAGUUUGUUGAGGUGUUACUCUGAGCAUUACACUUUGGCUGAGAAGGAUGGGGCUAUGCUUUUGGGAUGGAAAGACAGGAAUCUUAUUUCAGCUUCUGCUUGGCACUGAGAAAAAGAGAGAUACAAGAAUAGAAAACGCAGGUAGAAGUAGAAAAUAAACAGUUUCUACAGUUUUAACCGUCAGAUUUUUCAUCCAGUUUUAUUAAUUUGUCACCUGAUUCUGGCGGUUAAAAUGUAAGUCGCCUAAUUCUUUUUUGUUUCUAAUACAUUCUUAUGUUCAAAUGUCGCAACAUAUUGUAAUAUUUCCAAUGGCCUAACUACAUACAAGGCUAAAUCACGUUUCUCAACUGUUCUUUCGUUGUAGAAAAAUAAAUCUGUAACUUCGUUUCUUUGUAAAGAUUAGUAAUAUGCAGCUCUCAGCCCACAAUCCUUAUCUUUUCA